GAUGUGUAAACCGCGUUCAAUACAGUGCGGACUCGAGCUAAAACCUUUUCCUGAUCACUUUAAGAUGGUACGCAACAGCAUUUCAAGAGGGGAGGUAAAGAUGAAUAUGACCUUCUACAUCGUUUCUUAAACUAUAUUUUCAUAUUUUUCAGCCUGACUUACCGGAAAUAUUUUGCACUACACAUACUGGGAAAGACCAUUGGCGAAUUUCCGCCGGUAGGCUGAAGUACCACCAUGCACGUUUGAUUUUUUGUUUUGCCGGCGCACUAUGCGGUAAAUGGCAGAGUCGCUUUCAUUUUCAUAAUGCUGCACUGCAAGUUGCCUAACACAGGAGACCAGGCAAGCUUGUGACGAAGAAGCUAAUUCCUUUGAAUUAGCCUAUGGACCGGGGCAUCGCUGUUAUUACCGGCAAUGUAACCGAUAGGUGGAUUAAUAUUAAAUUUAGGGAGCUCAUUUACGCCUCACGCGGUGUAGAGAUUCACUGUAAUGCUCGACGGAUUAGCUAAACCUCUCGGAGCAGUAGCACAGAGAACGUGGAGAGCAGAUAUUUCUGUGUUCCUAUUGGGAUAUACAGCCUCCUUGUCGCGGGCAAAUCGACUGAGCUUCGGGGAACUGGAUGAAGCGGAGCCGGCUUGACCACCCAACGGUUUGCUCUGUUGUGGAAACGACUUUUCUGUCCCCAAACUUCGCAGUACCUUCGUCUGUUUGCUCAGUCACCGCUCGUGCAGGGAAAGGCAAUCCCAGCGCGGGGUUGACCGGAUUGCGACAGCUGUAAUUUAUAUUUAUAGUGUCGCGCAUUACCGAAUUCAACGGGGCAUUUCAAAACUCACCCAUUCACAUGGGCGACGCCAGGACUCCGUCCUGUCUUGGUUGGACCCUAGCUCGCUGUCAGGAGACCGGUUCUGCUGACCCCGAGCGAGAGAAACGAUGGGCUGAGCUAUUCGAGCAACUGGACCUAAAUAAAGACGGGCGCAUCGACAUAAAUGAGUUGCGGAUUGGACUGAGAGCCCGGGGGUUCCUUCGGAGUGACGUGGAAGAGCAGAUAGUACGGGAAGGCGACACCAAUAACGAUGGGCAGCUGGACUUCGAAGAGUUCACAGAGUACCUGCGCGUCCACGAGAAGAGACUCCGGCUCAUGUUCCGCAGCCUGGAUUACAAUGAUGAUGGUUGCAUUGACUUGGGGGAGAUCCAGCGCUCUCUGCACAGCCUGGGGGUGGCCGUCUCCACAGAGCAGGCCUCGAGGAUCCUGCAGAGUAUGGAUAGGGAUGGUACCUUGACCAUUGACUGGAAUGAGUGGCGAGACCACUUUCUGUUCAGCCCCAUCCACAACAUAGAGGACAUCGCCCACUUCUGGAAGCACUCCCUGAUGCUUGACAUCGGUGAGCACCUGACUGUGCCAGAUGAAUUUUCGGAGCGAGAGAGGAGGUCAGGGGUGGUCUGGAGGCAGCUGGUGGCGGGAGCAAUGGCGGGUGCUGUGUCGCGUACAGGCACAGCACCUCUCGAUCGCCUCAAGGUCUUCCUACAGGUGCACGGCUCCCGGAACCCCCGGAUUAACCUGUGGACCAGUGUGCGCAGGAUGGUGCAGGAGGGCGGUAUACAGUCCCUGUGGCGCGGGAACGGCAUCAACGUGCUGAAGAUCGCCCCGGAGUCCGCCAUCAAGUUUAUGGCCUACGAGCAGAUCAAACGACUGAUGAGGGGUGACAACGAGAACGUGUCCCUGCGGGUCCAGGAGAGGUUCCUUGCGGGGUCGUUGGCCGGAGCAACCGCCCAGACUAUCAUCUACCCCAUGGAGGUGCUGAAGACCCGCCUCACCCUGCGAAAAACAGGACAGUACUCCGGGAUGGCAGACUGUGCCAAGAAGAUCCUCUGUAACGAGGGCGUGCUGGCGUUCUACAGGGGCUAUGUGCCUAACACGCUGGGCAUCAUUCCCUACGCGGGCAUCGAUCUGGCCGUCUAUGAGACCUUGAAGAACGCCUGGCUGCAGCGGUACUGUGUGGACUCCGCAGACCCGGGCGUUCUGGUGCUGCUUGGCUGCGGCACUGUGUCCAGCACCUGUGGCCAGCUGGCCAGCUACCCGCUAGCGCUGGUCCGAACGCGGAUGCAGGCCCAGGCCUCUGUUGACGGUGCCCCCAAGCUGUCCAUGCUGGGUCAGUUCAAGCACAUCGUGUCCCAGGAGGGAGUGCCAGGACUGUACCGUGGCAUCGCCCCCAACUUCCUGAAGGUCAUUCCCGCGGUCAGCAUCUCCUACGUGGUGUACGAGCACAUGAAGAAGGCCCUGGGGGUGGGCUCGUAGACGGACGCGGGACAUGAGGGACACAGAGCUGAAGGCGCGACAGCCCGCGAACAACAGCGAGGAGUGCAGCGGACAUGACGGGUUUCAGACGGGUUUCAGACGGGUGGAGCAGAGGUGGAGAAGAGGAGGAGUCCAAGGAGGAGGGAGAGAGAGACUCAGCCCCAGCGGAUGGGAUGAGAGGAGGAGAAGAAUAGAGGGGUUCGGCUGUGGAGGGAUCUCACUCACAUGCCUGCCGCGUUCCUGCGUAUGUUAGCUCCUCUGAGCAUACAGACAGACGGACGCACAUAAUUCUAUCUGCUUAGGAAAGACGCAAUACACUGUUGUCAGGGUUUCCUGAAAUCGGAAAGGAUCCAGUGUGAUUAGAUCUUGCCUGUGCGGAGUUUCUUAGUCUUUCAUAAGCAACAAAAAACGUUUUCAUCAGUCCUAAAAUUCAGUUUUUAAAACACUUCUCCAGUCUCCUUAUAUAAUGGAUGAGUGCACUUACCUGAUUACUCAAGUCACACUGCAUUUCCCUGUUGGUCAGCCCUGCACGUCAGGAAUCAGUCUAUUCUACUUCCCAGGAACUCCCUCCUCUAUGAUGUCAUAAUAUUUCAAAGGAACAAAAGAACGGAACGUUUUCAGCUGCCUACUGGUCAGUGCUGAGAACUACACUUAUUGCACACAAAGCAAUGUUUUUGAACCCAAGAGAAAUGUGAAUAUUUACAGUGCUGUGCUUAACACACAGAGCAAUGAGGUUUGACAAUAUGCUAUGGAAAACGAAAGCAGUACGCCAAAGCAU